GAAAUACUUUGUCAAAUUUGCAAUUCCAUUCUUCAGUCACAAAACAUUAUACUUUCGCGCAUAGAGGUCAGAAGAAAGGCGAGGAUUCUAGGGUUUCGUUUCCACAACUUCAUUCAUACUUUCAUAUUCAAUCAGGAUGACACAAGCAACCGAAGCACCGUUCAGACAACGAGAGAAGCUUAUUGAGAAGCAAAAAUAUUUCCAGAACAUGCGUAACCAUACUCACUUGAAAGGGCCCUAUGACAAGAUUACAUCUGUUGCAAUUCCACUUGCUUUUACUGCAGCCUCACUUUUCAUGAUUGGACGAGGGAUCUAUAAUAUGUCGCAUGGAAUAGGAAAGAAGGAAUGACUUGACUAUUUCUUCUUAUGGAGGAGGUGGUUGUUUUGUAACUCAGACCCAUCAGAACCUCAUUAUCAUGGACUCUUGAUUUUCUUUGCAUCCAUUCUUUUGUCUUAAUAAAAUUGCAUAAUUGCAAGUUUUACCACCAUUGUGGGUUUAUAACUCAAGUGAAAAUGGUUCUUUGUUUACUUGGUAUAAUCAAUUAAUGAUUCAAACUGCUGGUUUUUGUUA